CGACCCUAACACGCGAUUGGCUAACAGCUAUUUACUUUUCGUAUUUUCAUUACAUUUGAAUUACACAACCGAACCCCAGUGAAGCCUCCCGACACCGCCAUACCCACCGGGUCAGGUAGUUUCGGAACACCCUGUAUAAAGAAGAAGAAGAAGAGGAAUGUGAGUCAAUUAGAGUCAACGGCAAUUGAUUUGUGUUGUAUGAGGUGUAUUCCUCUUUUUUAUGAAAAGAUGUAGUAGUCAAUGAGUGUGAGCGAGAUUGAGUUAUAAUGAAAAUGAUUCACUUUCCUAACAAAACAAAAGCCUGAGCCUAUCAUGCCAGUGGAUAUUAAUCGGCUGACUGAAGGAUGGCUGGAGCUCGAGAGCGAUCCUGGUCUCUUUACGUUGCUGUUAGAGGAUUUUGGUGUCAAGGGGGUACAGGUUGAGGAGAUUUAUGAUCUGCAGAAGUCACUGGAAGGACCAGUUUAUGGAUUUAUAUUUCUCUUCCGUUGGAUAGAGGAGAGACGGUCUCGACGUAAGGUUGUGGAACAGGAUGAAAGCUUUGUUAAGGAUGAGGAGAUCGUCAAUAAUAUAUUUUUUGCUCAACAAGUCGUUCCGAACAGCUGCGCGACACAUGCACUACUUUCUGUUCUUUUAAACUGUCCAAAUAUCCAUUUGGGUACCACUCUAUCCCGUUUGAAAAUGCACACUUCUGGUAUGUGUCCUGAGAAUAAAGGAUGGGCCAUAGGAAACACUCCAGAGCUGGCAUGCGCACAUAAUUCACAUGCCAUGCCCCAAGCAAAACGCAGACAAGACAAGAACACCGGAGUGUCGACAGGAAGAUUCACUGGUGAAGCUUUUCAUUUUGUGAGUUAUGUCCCAAUCAAUGGAAGACUCUUUGAACUAGAUGGAUUGAAGCCUUAUCCAAUGGAUCAUGGUCCCUGGAAAGAACAUGAAGAGUGGACAGAACAAUUCAGAAGAGUAAUCACAGAUCGACUGGGCAUGGCAACCGGAGAACAGCUGCAAGACAUUCGAUUCAAUUUAAUGGCUGUUGUGCCUGAUCGGCGUCUAGCAAUAUCUCACAAGUUGACAAUGUUGAAAACCAACAGACAGAUAGUUCUCGAAGCCCUACAACAACUAGUCAAGUUAAGUCACCAGGAAAGCAAUGGCGAUAAAUUAACAACUGAUUCUGAAAAACAAGAAAAAAACGACAAAAUUACUGACAAGAAGCAUGAAAAGCACAAGAGAGAGGAGGAAGGUGCAUCAGGCAAAUCAGAGGUCGAGCAUACAGCUUCAGUCCCUACAAUAAACGUGGACUGUUGCAACGACAACGUAACCGACGCCGAAGAAUCUCCGGGUCAUGUAAACACAUCCAGCAGUAACAUGGAGAAGGUUGUGAUGUGCGCACUGGAUUACGCAACGCCUCUCAGGAUCCAAACAUCUCCAGCCCACAGUUCCUCAAGCACAGAUACCUCUUCAGAGAUAGGAUCAGCCUUUAAUUCUCCGACCCAAGCCUGGGGAUGGAACUCUGGUCAAAGUAGUCCGACCUCGACGAAGGACUUCAAGAAGUUUGUCGUGAUCCGUGUCGCCGGCGAUGAGAAGAAUGAGGCUGGCUUGACCCGUUCGCUGGGAAAUAUCAAUAUCAAUGGGAAAAGACUGGUGUCCGACAGCGGCCACCUCCACAAGAAGGUUUGUCUAUCUGGUGAAGUUCGGAUACCGCAUGCCAGGGUCAAGACUAGCAAUGGAGAUACUGUUACGGAAGAGAAAAAAGUAGAAAAGAUGGAUCCUAAGCUCUGCUCCAAGUAUCCUGAGCUCUUUGAACCCCAUACCUUCGCGCCCAAGGAUCUUCUGGCCUUGCUAAAGAACCUGGAGCACGAGAUAAGCAUUUGCGAGAACAGUCUCAAGGAUGAGAACGACAAGAGAAACAAGUACAAAAUUGAUGACUGUAGAAGAACACACAAUUAUGACGAGUUCAUAUGCACUUUUCUCUCUAUGCUGGCACAGCAGGGAAAAUUGGCAGAAUUGGUGCAGCAGCAUUUGACCCUGAAGAAACAUACAUCCGUUUCCGUGAACCGGGUACAUAGAUCAUCGAAGAAGACAGACGCGCGUCCUAAUUCUUCAAGGAGACGUCGUGGUAGGACUAAAUGCAAGAAACGAAAAUGAACUUGACUUUAAUGUGAAUAAUUUGGUGUGACACUUUUUCCUCAAUACUGUUACAGUCUUAGCAUCUCCUUACAUUUGUUCUGAUCGCUCGUAUUGAUGAUGCAACGGUAUUGAUUAUCGAUGAUAUAUGCUUGUUAUAUUUUAAUUGAAGAUUCUAUUGACAUUUUUUUUUCAUAGAAUCGUGGAAACAAUCACUUAACGUACAAUGUACGUUCAGUUUAGACUCCUGUAACAUUUUUUGUGUCUACGGCGGUUCGACUUUGUAGUGGAUCGAUGGCCCCUCAUUUUUACUCGCAUGAUCAUUUAUCUUUUAUAUAUAUAUAUAUAUAAAAUACAUCAUUUUUCUGUAAUGCAUAAAUGUUUCAACGCCUCAUUUUCCUCCGUUAUUCGGAAGAAAA